GCGGGGGCGCCCCGGACCUCGCCAUGCCGCGCCCAGCGCCCCGCCUGUGGCUCGCGCUGCACGUCCUGGGCUCGUGCGCCGCCAUAGGCUCGGUGGACCUGGAGCGCGCAAGCGACGGCCAGUGCCAGCCCAUCGAGAUCCCCAUGUGCAAGGACAUCGGCUACAACCGCACGCGCAUGCCCAACCUGAUGGGCCACGAGAACCAGCGCGAGGCGGCCAUCCGGCUGCACGAGUUCGCGCCGCUGGUGGAAUACGGCUGCCACGGACACCUGCGCUUCUUCCUGUGCUCGCUCUACGCGCCCAUGUGCACCGAGCAGGUCUCCGCGCCCAUCCCCGCCUGUCGCAUCAUGUGCGAGCAGGCCCGGCUCAAGUGCUCGCCCAUCAUGGAGCAGUUCCACUUCAGGUGGCCCGACUCGCUGGACUGCAGCCGGCUGCCCAGCCAGAACGACCCCAACUACCUGUGCAUGGAGGCGCCAAGCAACGGUUCCGAGGAGCCCAGCCGCGGCGCCGGCCUCUUGCCGCCACUCUUCCGGCCGCAGCGGCCCCCAGGCAGCGGCGCGCAGGAGCACUCGGCCCAGGACGGGGCCGCGGGGCGCGCGGGCUGCGACAACCCGGGCAAGUUCCACCACGUGGAGAAGAGCGCGUCGUGCGCGCCGCUCUGCUCUCCCGGCGUGGUCGUGUACUGGAGCCGGGCGGACAAGCGCUUUGCUGUGGUCUGGCUGGCCGUGUGGUCGGUGCUCUGCUUCUUCUCCAGCGCCUUCACUGUUCUCACCUUCCUCAUCGACCCCGCGCGCUUCAGGUACCCGGAGCGCCCCAUCAUCUUCCUGUCCAUGUGCUACUGCGUGUACUCCGUGGGCUACAUCAUCCGCCUCUUUGCAGGGGCCGAGAGCAUCGCGUGCGACAGGGACAGUGGCCAGCUCUAUGUCAUCCAGGAGGGGCUGGAGAGCACGGGCUGCACUCUGGUUUUCCUGGUGCUCUACUACUUCGGCAUGGCCAGCUCGCUCUGGUGGGUGGUCCUCACACUUACCUGGUUCCUGGCCGCUGGCAGGAAGUGGGGCCAUGAGGCCAUCGAGGCCACCAGCAGCUACUUCCACCUGGCAGCCUGGGCCAUCCCGGCCGUGAAGACCAUCCUCAUCCUGGUCAUGCGUAGGGUGGCGGGCGACGAGCUCACCGGCGUGUGCUAUGUGGGCAGCUUGGAUGUGGGCGCCCUGACAGGCUUCGUGCUGGUGCCCCUGGUCUGCUACCUGGUCGUUGGCACGUCCUUCGUCCUGUCAGGCUUCGUGGCCCUGUUCCACAUCCGCAGGGUGAUGAAGACUGGCGGGGAGAACACGGACAAGCUGGAGAAACUGAUGGUGCGCAUCGGGGUGUUCUCGGUGCUGUAUACCGUGCCGGCCACCUGUGUGAUCGCCUGUUACUUCUAUGAGCGCCUCAACAUGGAGCACUGGAAGGCGCUGGCCGUGCAGCACCGCUGCCGCGUGGACAACCAGACCAAGACUCUGGACUGCCUGAUGGCCGCCUCCAUCCCCGCUGUGGAGGUCUUCAUGGUCAAGGUCUCCAUGCUGCUGGUGGUGGGUAUCACCAGUGGGGUGUGGAUCUGGACAUCCCAGACCCUGCAGUCCUGGCAGCAGGUCUGCAGCCGCAGGUUGAAGAGGAAGAGCCGCAGGAAACCGGCCAGCGUCAUUACCAGCGGGGGGAUUUAUAAAAAAGCCCAGCACCCCCAAAAGCCACACCUGGGGAAGUUUGAGCUCCCCGUGCAGCCACCUUCCUGCAUGUGAGGGGAGAGGACAGGCGCAGGCAGUCAGAGCCCGCGCUGGGGGCUUUGCUUGUAUUUUUUAACAAAUAAAACCUUAACAAAGAUAUAAAGAAAUAAAAAGUGUCCACCCUGACAUUCAGGAUGUCGCCGGACUCAAAAAGCAGGACACGUAUUUGGAAGGUUUUGUUCCGCUUGGUUUUUGUGGUUGGGGCUCCUCAUCCACGGCCUCUUAGCAGCUCACUUGGGGAGCAGUAGUUGGCUCAGAGUUGAGAACACUACAGACCCAUCCGCAGGGUGCACCUGGAUGUUGGGGUGGCCAGGUGACCCACUGGCACCUGAGUGCCCGGAGGAGCUCUCCCUGGGGGUAAGCGAGGAGCCCUCCCGCCCCACCUCAGAAGGCUGCUUUGUGUCACAGUGGGUGUGAUGACAAAAGAAGGGUCCCGGGGAGUCUCUUCUCACGCCAGUGGCUCGGUCACAUGGAGUCAACUCCAGCCCUCAAAGGAGGCCUCUCUCCAAGCCAGGAAGCUCCUCUGGACUAAACGUGUGUGGGUCUGAAAGAUGUGCAAUACAUUUUUCUUCUGUUUCUGUGAAAAUAAAGCGAAACAAGUAUUUACUGUACAUAAAGACAACAAAAGAACCCUGCUAACAAAAGAACUAAGAGGCCCGGCCUCAAAAACCCUUUAGCGUUACAUUUUGUGGCUUUUAAUGGAAACCAAGCCAGUGUUCUACACGUUUGGACUGACUUGGAAAGGAGGGGAAGAGGGGCAGAGGCUCUGUCGGGAGCACCCAAGGGCUGGCUAGCUCCUGCUAUUGUCGAACAAAUGAUUUCCAGAAUAGAUGAAAAACGCCAAAAAGACAAACUUUGCCAGCACAUUCUCUUCAGGCCAGGAAGGGUGCUUCAGCCUG